AUGGUAUACCAGAAACGGUUAUUCGAAGACGAAAAUGCUUUCUACGCCCUGUGCGACAUCUUUCACGCCAUCUUGCGAGACUCUAGGCUUGCAGCGGCUUAUCUGGUUGUUGACGCCCUCGACGAAGACACGGCAUCGGCAACACAUGUGCCGAUCAAAUGGAUUGUGUCGAGUCGGAAUAGGCCCGAUAUUGAGCAGCAGUUUACCCUCGAUGAUUCGCGUAUGAGGCUUAGUCUUGAGCUCAAUGCAGAGCAAGUGUCUCGCGCUAUUGACUUGUACAUCGACUAUAAGGUCACCCGGCUUAAAUCGAUUGAGCAUGACGAAGCCAUGCAAGAUCAGGUCAGAUCUCAGAUGCCACAAAAGGCUGAUGGAACCUUUCUCUGGGUAGCACUAGUCUUCCAGGAGCUUCAGAAGCCUGUGUUGAGCAGGGACGUGCUUCCGCUGCUGGAAGAAAUCCCCCCCGGUUUGGAACUACUCUAUAAUCGAAUGAUGAAUCAAGUCGAGCAAUACGAAAGAUCCUGCCGGCAUGUUCUUGCAAUGGUUACUCUUGCGCAUCGUCCACUUUAUAUCUCCGAACUACGGGCCUUAGCGGAUGCCUCUGGCACAGGUGAGCUGGAAAAGAUCAUUGAUAUGUGUGGCUCAUUCAUCACAAUCCGAGACGCUCAGAUCUAUCUCAUCCAUCAAUCCGCCAAAGACUACCUUACCGGCAAUGCGUUACCUAGGGUCUUUCCUUCCGGCACCAAGCCGGUUCAUCGCGAUCUGUUCAUACGUUCGCUACGGGCUUUGUCCGGGACCCUGAAAAAGGAUAUAUACGGGCUUCGUAAUUCCGGACUCCUAGUUCACGAAGUGCAGCCGCCUAAUCCGGACCCAUUGAGCGCGGUGAGGUACUCCUGCGUUUACUGGGUCGAUCAUCUGCUUGAGGCCCACGGACAGGGCUCUAAUCAAGGGAAAGAACUCCCUGACGAUGAGGAGAUCCAUACGUUUCUGAAGACGCAUUUUACCCAUUGGCUUGAGAGCCUGAGUCUUUUGCGCAAGCUUCCAGACGAAGAGGCACCAUUGCAGACAUAUGCUGCCGCGCUGCUGUUCUGUCCAACAAACAGCAAGGUAAAGAGACAGUAUUGGGGAGAAAGAUUGCCACUCGUCAAGAACGUUUCAGGCAUUAACAACAACUGGGACGUAUGUCUUCAGACGCUCAAAGGCCAUAGCGGGUCGGUCAAGAGCGUUGCCUUCUCGCCGGACGGCCGGACGCUUGCGUCAGCUUCAGACGAUGAGACGAUACGGCUCUGGGAUGCGGCAACAGGCCGCGCGACACAGACGCUCAAAGGCCAUAGCUCGUGGGUCAAUAGCGUCGCCUUCUCGCCGGACGGCCAGACGCUUGCGUCGGCUUCAUGGGAUCAGACGAUACGGCUCUGGGAUGCGGCAACAGGCUGCGCGACACAGACGCUUAAAGGUCAUAGCAGGCCGGUCAAUAACGUCGCCUUCUCGCCGGACGGCCGGACGCUUGCAUCGGCUUCACAGGAUGAGACGAUACGGCUCUGGGAUGCGGUAACAGGCCGCGCGACACAGACGCUCAAAGGCUAUAGCUCGUCGGUCAAUAGCUUCGCCUUCUCGCCGGACGGCCGGACGCUUGCAUCGGCUUCACAGGAUGAGACGAUACGGCUCUGGGAUGCGGUAACAGGCCGCGCGACACAGACGCUCAAAGGCUAUAGCUCGUCGGUCAAUAGCUUCGCCUUCUCGCCGGACGACCGGACGCUUGCGUCGGCUUCACGGGAUCAGACGAUACGGCUCUGGGAUGCGGCAACAGGAUAUGGCCUGAACAACAACCGCUAG